CCGAGUGCCCCGCCAUGAGCUACGCCAUGGAGGCCCUGGGCAACCCCUCGUACCGCCGGGUGACCGAGACCCGGGCCACCUACAGCCGCGCCAGCGCCUCCCCGUCCAGCGGCUUCCGCUCGCAGUCGUGGUCGCGGGGCUCGGGCAGCACCGUCUCCUCCUCCUACAAGCGCCCCAACCUGGGGGCGUCGCGGGCCGCCUACGGCUCCACGGUGCUGAGCUCCGCCGAGAGCCUCGACGUGAGCCAGUCCUCGCUGCUCAACGGCGCCGCGGAGCUGAAGCUGAGCCGCUCCAACGAGAAGGAGCAGCUGCAGGGGCUCAACGACCGCUUCGCGGGGUACAUCGAGAAGGUGCACUACCUGGAGCAGCAGAACAAGGAGAUCGAGGCGGAGCUGGCCGCGCUGCGGCAGAAGCACGCCGGGCGGGCGCAGCUCGGCGACGCCUACGAGCAGGAGCUGCGGGAGCUGCGCGGCGUCCUGGAGCAGGUGAGCCACGAGAAGGCGCAGAUCCAGCUGGACUCGGAGCACAUCGAGGAGGACAUCCAGCGCCUGCGGGAGCGCUUCGAGGAUGAGGCGCGGCUGCGCGACGAGACGGAGGCCACCAUCCGCGCCCUGCGCAAGGACAUGGAGGAGGCCUCGCUCAUGCGGGCCGAGCUGGACAAGAAGGUGCAGUCGCUGCAGGACGAGGUGGCCUUCCUGCGGGGCAACCACGAGGAGGAGGUGGCCGAGCUGCUGGCUCAGCUGCAGGCGUCCCACGCCACCGUGGAGAGGAAGGACUACCUGAAGACCGACCUCACCACGGCGCUGAAGGAGAUCCGCGCCCAGCUGGAGUGCCAGUCCGACCACAACAUGCACCAGGCCGAGGAGUGGUUCAAGUGCCGCUACGCCAAGCUCACGGAGGCGGCCGAGCAGAACAAGGAGGCCAUCCGCUCCGCCAAGGAGGAGAUCGCCGAGUACCGCCGGCAGCUGCAGUCCAAGAGCAUCGAGCUGGAGUCGGUGCGCGGCACCAAGGAGUCCCUGGAGCGGCAGCUCAGCGACAUCGAGGAGCGCCACAACAACGACCUCAGCACCUACCAGGACACGAUUCAUCAGCUGGAAAACGAGCUUAGAGGAACAAAAUGGGAAAUGGCACGUCAUUUGAGGGAAUACCAGGAUCUCCUCAAUGUCAAGAUGGCCCUGGAUAUUGAAAUUGCUGCAUACAGGAAACUACUGGAGGGCGAAGAGACAAGAUUCAGUGCCUUCUCUGGAAGCAUUACUGGACCCAUGUUCACACACAGGCAACCAUCUGUCACAAUAACAAGUAAAAUACAGAAAAAAGCUGAACCACCAAAGCUGAAGGUCCAGCACAAAUUUGUAGAAGAAAUCAUUGAAGAAACAAAAGUAGAGGAUGAAAAGUCUGAAAUGGAAGAUGCCCUAGCAGCUAUUGCGGAAGAAAUAGCAGCAAAGGCCCAGGAGGAAGAAAAGGCAGAAGAGGGAGAAGCUGUAGAGGAAGAAAUUGCUCCAGAGAAGGCUGCUGCAGAACAAGCAGCUGCACCUGAGGAAGAAGAGAAGGAAGAAGCAGCUGAAGAGGAAGAAGCUGCAAAAUCUGAUGAAGCAGAAGAAGGGGGCUCUGAAAAAGAAGAAAUAGAGGAAAAGGAAGAAGGGGAGGCUGAGGAAGAGGGGGAAGAAGCUGAGGCCAAGGGGAAGGGAGAAGCUGAAGAAGUGGAUGCAACUGUAGCAGAAGCAAAAGUAGAGAAGGUCAAAACACCUCCAGCAAAGUCACCACCUAAAUCCCCACCUAAAUCUCCUGUAACAGAGCAGGUCAAGGGAGAUCAGAAAGAACCAGCUGCAGAAGUGGGAAAAGGUGAGAAAGCAGUCAAGGAGGAAGAGAAAGCGGCACCUCUGGAGAAGCCAGCAACACCAAAGGUAGCCUCUCCGGAAAAGCCUGCGUCUCCGGAAAAGCCUGCAACUCCAGAGAAAGCAGCAGCUGUGGAAAAAACAGUGACUCCAGAGAAGCUCCGUUCUCCAGAGAAGCCGGCGACUCCAGAGAAGCCAGUGACUCCAGAAAAGGUUCGUUCUCCAGAGAAGCCAGUGACUCCAGAAAAGGUUCGUUCUCCAGAGAAGCCGGUGGCUCCAGAGAAGCCCCGUUCUCCAGAGAAGCCAGCCUCCCCGGUCAAAGAUGAAAAGCCCGUGGUGGAAGAGACCAUCACUGUCACUAAGGUAACAAAAGUUAGUGCAGAGGUAGAGGCCUCUAAGGGGUCCAGGAAAGAAGACAUUGCUGUAAAUGGUGAGGUAGAGGAGAAAAAGGAAGAGAAGGAGGCUGAGGAGGAAGAUAAGGGAGUUGUCACCAAUGGCCUAGACGUGAGCCCAACUGAUGAUAAGGGUGAAAAAGUUGUAGUAACCAAAAAAGCGGAGAAAAUCACUAGUGAAGGUGCGGACAGUACAACCACAUAUAUCACAAAGUCCGUGACAGUCACUCAGAAGGUAGAGGAACAUGAAGAAAGCUUUGAGGAGAAACUAGUGUCCACCAAGAAAGUGGAGAAAGUUACUUCACAUGCUGUAGUAAAGGAGAUCAAAGAGAGUGAAUAAAACAAAUAAUAGCAAAAUAAAAUUAAAGAGCUUGGGUCGGUGCAAAAGGUUAAGCCAUACGACAGCUGCAAAAUGCAUGUGAGUGACGGCUUUAAAGCAGAACGGGUUCUCUCAUGGAGGCUCCAAACACACAGUAUUUUACUUUUUUGUGCAAUAUAGGGGAGGGGGGGGGAAUGCAUGCAGGCUCAAGAUGUACUCCCUCCACAGAGCUUGGGGAACUAAAAAUAAUAAUAAUAAUAGUGCAUGAGAUGAAAUGUGCAAAGGAAGCUUUUGAAUUUCCUGAGCUGUUGGAGGGACAUAUCUGAGGAACGACUUAAGAUGUAUUAUGCAAAGAACCAACUGAGCCAAAAACAAACAGAAAACAGUAAUAGUAAUAUUCAUGAGAAAAACAACUCUCCUAGCCUUAAAGCUACUUAUAAAUAAUUAUGUUUACCUCACUGGUGCAAUUAGGGUGGACUUUUGCUCAUGGGAGAACCUAGUUGACAUGCACAGUACGCAACCUUUUGUUGUUUGAUGUAAAACCGUCACAGCAGUUCUUG